AUGCCCACGGCUGAGGCGCGGCGGGAGCGCAGGGCAAGGCUGUGGAGGACCCUGCCCCCGCACAGGGCCUUCGCAGUGGGUCCCGUGAGGCGGGUACCGAUAGGGGACCCCUCGGGGCCUGGAGGCGACCCGGCUCCCUCCUUUAUUCGACGAUUAUUUCAGUGGACAGAAUUAUUAGAUCCUACAAAUUUGAUCAUUUCAGCUGAAAAUAUCGAAAAAUCGAGGCAGCUAUUGUUCACAAAUGAAGAUGCAUUCAGACUUGCCUGGGAGGACCAAGGGAUACAAGAAGCUUGGAAGCACAGUCUUUCAUCGGUGCAUCCUGACAGCAGCAAACCGAUCCCCACGCUUUUUCGACCUGCAGCGUUCCUGCCUUUCACAGUGCCCUCGGUGUUUGUGUCGAUGAUUCCAGCAAAACGGAUAAAAUAUGUGAUUUUACCUCAGGUUUCUUUAUAUGCUUACACUACAGUGUUCAACAUUAUCAAUGGAAAUGCAAGUUACAGUCAUCGUCCACAUGAGAGUGUAUUACUAGGGGCAGGAGUAAUUGCUUCUUCAACCUUCUGUGGAUUAAUCCCUUAUUUGGUCCAAAUGAAGUAUUCCUUGGAUAACCCUUUGAUCAAAAGAGCCUUACCUAUCUUCUUCCUCGCCCAAAUCAGUGGAAUGAAUGUCUUUGCAUCCCGAAGUUUUGAGCCUGUUCGAGGGAUUGAAGUUAUGGACAAGGAAGGCAAUGUCAUAGGCCAUUCCAGAAGAGCUGGGAGAAAGGCUGUUAGAGAAACUGCAGUGUCCAGGGCAGUGCUGUUUGGGACCUCAGCUCUUAUUCCUGAAGUCUUCGCCUACUUUUUUAAAAGGACCCAGUUCUUCCUGCAACAUCCGCGGUUGUUGUGGACUCUAAAACUGUCUUGCACAACCCUGGUCAUGGGCCUGAUGGUGCCAGUUUCCUUCAGUAUGUUUCCACAAAUUGGACGGAUACGGUGCAGGAAGCUUGAAGAGGAAAUUCGGUCUGCAACAGAAGAAGCAGAACUCUUUUAUAACAGAGGGGUAUAGGGGCGAGUUUCAGGUGAAUUUGUCAGGUUCUGGCUUGCAAACCCUACCCUGUCAAGGUUUCCAUUUAGAGAACUCUGCCAGGGGUCUCCUGGGGAGGCCAGAAGUGUCUGUGCUGACAAGAUGACUUAGAUUGCACAUGCUGAGACUGGCGUGUCUGGGGUCUUGAAGGCUGGCCGGAGAAGACAGCAGGACAGUGUCCUAUCUUAAUCCCACAGAGUUGCCGAGGGACAGGUGGAGUGAGGAACAGCCUGUGAAAGGUGGCCGUGAAAUCAUAAAUCUACUUGUCUCAAGUUGAGUUUUUGGAUAAAUAAAUGCAAAAGAUCAACCACGCUCAGGA